GGCGCGUCGCUCGUCCAAACGUAACCGUUCCAAAGUCUCUUUCGAAUUUUGAAAAAGGAACACUACAGCUUCUUUUUGUCUAUUCAUUUCUUAAUAUGUCUGGCUAUUGAAUUUUGACGUUUCGUUGUUUUUUUUUCGUCUACGGAUUUUGGGUGAAAGUCAUAAACUUUUAAGAAAGUUUUUGAAAAGUUUUUUUUUCUAUAUUUGAAUGUAAUAAGAAAUUGUUUGUGAUCGAAAUGAUAUUGUUUUGUGCCUAAUUACUGUUUCGUUUGAUUUUUUUUUAUAAAGAAAAUGCAAAUUUAUUUUUUUGUUAUUGUUUUGAUGUUUUGCUGUGUUUUUGUGAAGUGAGCAACUAUUUUGAAGUGAUUUAAAUUCUAAAUAGGACGUUUGAGUGGUAACGGUAAAUUAAGUUUUGUCAAACAUUGGAGCAUCAUGAAGCUAUUUUGGAAAGUUUUGUGUUUUUUUAUUCUCUUUAUUGAAGUUGUCACCGGAAAUUGGUGGAACUUGGCAGUACCUCGCGCGCCAGCACAGGCCGGCAACUCUUCGCUGGAAACCUUCACGACGCUACAGAAAGAGAGCUGCCACAGGCUGGAGUAUCUCGUUGAACGGCAGAAACAGCUGUGUUUACUCUCUGAUAGAGUGCUACAGGUGUUGCAGACGGGCGCAGGACAAGCGGUAGAGGAGUGCCAGUAUCAGUUCCGCCAUAGCCGAUGGAACUGCAGCACCGUCGCUAAUUCCACCGAUAUCUUUGGAGGAGUACUUAAAUUUAAAUCUCGCGAAUCAGCGUUCGUGCAUGCUCUCUCAUCGGCGGCGCUGGCUCACGCGGUGGCGCGUGCCUGUAGCCGUGGCGAGCUUAACGAGUGCUCGUGCGAUGCCAGGGUUAGGAAGAGGACGCCCAGGCAUUGGCAAUGGGGAGGCUGUUCUGAGGAUAUAAGAUACGGUGAGAUGUUCAGCCGAGACUUUGUUGAUGCCAAAGAAGAUAAAGACACUGAUGUGGGUCUCAUGAAUCUCCACAACAAUGAAGCUGGACGAAGGGCGGUUCGUAGCCGUAUGCAGCGCGUGUGCAAGUGCCACGGCAUGUCGGGCUCGUGCUCGGUGCGCGUCUGCUGGCGACGUCUGCCGCAGCUGCGACUGGUCGGCGACGCGCUCGCCACACGUUACGAGGGCGCUUCACAUGUCAAGGUCAUUUCUACAGUGGUGGAGCGAAAACGUGGUAAGAAUAUGCGAAAGCUGAGACCUUUGCAUGCUGAUAUGAAGAAACCAAACAAAACUGAUCUGGUAUAUCUAGAAGAAUCUCCUGACUACUGCGAACCUAAUGAUGAAUUAGGUAUCCUUGGUACCCGAGGUCGGACUUGCAAUAGAACAUCGGCAGGUCUCGAUGGCUGUCGCCUGCUGUGCUGCGGUCGCGGCUACCAGACCCGCGUACGCGACCAUGAAGAGAAGUGCCGCUGCCGAUUCGUCUGGUGCUGUCGAGUACAUUGCGAGAUUUGUCGGUACAAACGAGACCAUCAUGUCUGCAACUAGAACUUAACCAUCAAUGUAUAACGUUGUUUUACUAGAGUCGUGUUUUAUACCAGUUUCGUGGUACAUCUGAAUCUCGAUAAAUCAAGACUAAUUAUUUAAUCAUUGCGUUAGGAAGCUUCACUUAAACUUCGACUCUUUACCAAACUUUUAAUAUUAAUCUUCUGUACAUACAUGUACGUAUGCAUUAGUUUUUUUUGUAAAUUGGAUCAAAUAUUUGAGGCUACGUAGUAUAUGUAUUGGACCUUUAGAAAAACUCCUAGACAUUUAUGGACCUUAAUUGUUAGUUAGUUUCUUCUUAGAUCUCUUUGCC